AUGGCUUCAAAUAUAUCGGAAAGGGAAAUGAGACUUCGGAGAAGAGAGCAACAAAGAGAAGAGGAGGAAAAGAAAAGAAAUGAUCUAUCAGAAAUAGAAAGGAUACAAUUGGAGAUAGAGUUAAUAAGGAAACAGAGGGAACAAUUACUAGUCCAAAGACAAAGUGACUCUACAAGGAGAAAUGUUGAGCUAGGAGCAAGCUACGCCCCUGGAGAUAGUGUUGCCGAGGAAGGAGUAUUUAGUACAAUAGAUGAAAUAGGUUUCGAUGCAGAAGAGAUAAGCAAGAAUUCUAGCUUUUCAUAUGAAGAGGAUGAAUAUGAGAAUAAGGCUGACGAGAGUCAUCAACUAAAUGAGCAAGCUGAAAGGCUGUAUAAAGAGCUAACAAACCUGACUCCCAUAGUGAGUAGCCAAGCAAAGAUGGAAAGCAAAUACAACAAGGAACAAGAUAGCAAUAAGACAAAAAGAAAGGACACAGCUGGAAAUAGGGAGAGAUAUGAAAUGCAAAGCUACCGAGAACAGUAUACAGGAGAACAGAUAAGCAUAAACAGUAAUGGGAGAUAUAUGGAUGAGAAUAAAUCCAAUUAUAACGAAGUACACAUAAUCGAACAUCCUGAUACGGAAUUAAUAGAGCAUAAUAGUGUCAGUACAGGAGGAAAUAAAGUUUAUAGGAAAAUAGCAUAUAAAACAGGGAGAGAUGAAACAUCAGAUAACCAGUAUAGGCUAACACCAUUUAAUAGAGGAGGAUUGGCAAUGACUGAAAGAAAACAAAAAGGAGAGGAAAGUAGGAUAAAAGAGACAUCUGAAGAUAGACAGCUGCAACCAGAUGCAGAAACAUUUAUAAAAGAGAAUACAAUAAGGAAAUUAGAACAGAAAGAAUAUGAAUUAGCAAGAUUGCUAAAAGAGCAGGAAAGCAUGCAUCAAAAGAAAAGUACGGAACAGAGAGAUCAAGAAAACGAUAUCAGAUUAGAAAGACAAAUGUUAAAGGCAGAAGUAGAGUACUACAGAAAUCAGUUAUUGGAAGAGAAAAGAAGAAGUGAAAAGGAAAUGCAUCACAAUCAAGAACUACUGGAGAACAGAUUGAGGAGAGAAAUAGAAACCCAAGUGCGCAGAGAAAUUGAACAAACAAUAGCAACACAAAUGGAAGAGAAAAUCCGAAAAGAGAUAGAGGAGAGAAAGCGUGUAGAAAUGGCAGAGCAAAGAAAAAGGAUGGAAAGAGAAGAAAAGGAAAAGUUAGCAAAAUUAAAGAGGGAAAAACAGAAGGAAGAAGAAUUGAAAUUGCUUGAAAGGAUAGAAAAUCUUAAGAGCAUAGAAAAAGACAUGGAUCUAAAGAAAGAAGAAGUAUUGUCAGAAUCUGAGGUAUCAGAAGAUGAAGAAGAUAUUAUCAUACAAGAGAGACUGGCCAAUCUAAAAAUAGAAAUGGAAUGUCUACAGGAACGAAUACAGAGGAAGAGCAAAGAUGAUAGCAAAAAGAAGAAUACAAAGAGAAGCAAGACUUCAACGGCUUCUACAGAUAAACCAAUCGGAAAGCCUAGGUUACCUCAAUUUGAUGGCACGCAAUUUGAGGAAUGGAAACUAGAGGUCACCAGUUUGAUACAGUCUGGUCUCUAUCAGGACUAUGUUCUAGCACAAGCCGUUAGAAAUUCCAUCACAUCGAAUGCGAGGAAGGUGUUGCAAACUUUAAGACCAUCAGCUUCAACCAAAGAGAUCAUGAAAAAGAUGGAGGAUAUAUAUGGCAAUAUACGCAGUGGUGACUCAAUAAUUCAUGAGUUUUACUCUGCCAGACAAAAUGAGACAGAAGCAUGUUCUGAGUGGGGAGUCAGGAUAGAGACACUGUUUAAUCAGGCUUUAGAGAGAGGAGAAAUAGAAGAGUCUAGAAAAGACAAGAAGCUGAAAGAAAGAUUUUGGAGAGGCCUCAGAUCAGAGAAGAUAAAGCUUACGACAAGAUCAUCCUAUGAAUCCAGUGAUUCUUUUGAUAUACUGAGAAGAAAAGCAAGGAUAGAAGAAAUGGAAAUGAAACUCGAAAGUUCAUCUGUAAAACCUGAGAAAGAGAAAGCAUCUCAAGAGACCAAAACAGCAACAGAAGAAAUAAAGGUGUGCCAGCCCUUGCACAAAACAGAUGAGACUAAAGGUAAAAUGGAUCAACUUCUGAAGAAAAUGGAGGAGCUAGAGAGAGAAAUAAGAGAAGUCAAGAGAAAUCAACAAACAGAAAACCUUGAUAGAGGAAGAGAUGCAUAUGGAUAUACACCCAAAUAUGGAUCAUAUAAUGAAGGAUAUAGACGAAGAGGUGCUGGAAGAUAUGGCUACAGAAGAGGAUUUAGAGAUCAUAGGCCCAGCGAAGAGUCUAGAAAUUCACGUCCAGAUGAUAGUAAACAAGAGGAAGACUCCAAGUCAAAACAAGCACCACAAGAGAAAGAUAACAAGACAGACAAGAAGGAUUUAAACUGA